AUGGGGCACCCUCAGCUACAGGCCAUCAGGCGUGUACUGAUUGCCAACCGCGGCGAGAUUGCUGUCAGAUGCAUCAACGCUUGUCGAGCCUUGGGUGUGACCAGUGUGGCUAUCUAUACUGCGUCGGACGCGUCUUCUCUUCAUGUCACCUCUGCCGACGAAUCGGUGUUGUUGCAGGGUGACGGAACACCGGGAUAUCUUGACGUGAACGAUAUUCUCGACAAAUGUAGGCAGCUCUCAAUCGAUGCUGUCAUCCCGGGAUACGGCUUCCUCAGCGAGAAUGUAGACUUUGCAUCUCGGGUGACCGACGCCGGAAUGGUCUUCGUCGGCCCUUCUUCCGAGUCCAUCACGGAGAUGGGUCUGAAGCACCGAGCCAGGGAGGUUGCCACGUCAGUGCAGGUCCCCGUAGUUCCGGGAACUGGCCUCCUUGUCUCGGAAGACGAUGCCCUGGCCGAAGCCGACAGAUUGACUUAUCCGGUAAUGCUCAAGGCGACCGGCGGAGGAGGCGGCAUGGGUCUUCAGGUCUGUCACUCAGACGAGGACCUACGUGCAGCUUUUGGGAUGGUGCGCAACCGUGGUGAGAAGCUCUUCAGAAAUGCCGGCAUCCUACUCGAGAAGUAUUACCCCAAGAGCCAUCACAUUGAGGUGCAAGUCUUUGGCAACGGCACCGACGUGAUUCACCUUGGCGAGAGGGAAUGCAGCAUUCAACGCCGCCACCAAAAGGUCAUUGAGGAGUGCCCCAGCCCAUUCGUCGAAAUGCGACCGGGACUCAGAGAGAAGCUUACGACAUGUGCCACCAAGUACGCAUCAGCGCUCAACUACAAGUCUGCAGGGACGGUAGAGUUUCUCGUGGAUGACGAGACGGGCGACUUCUUCUUCCUCGAGAUGAACACCAGACUGCAAGUUGAGCACGGAAUCACCGAGCUGUGCUACGGAGUCGACCUUGUUAUCCUCAUGCUGCGGCAAGCUGACCUCGAACGGGCCGGUCACGGCGGCAUCUUAUCUUCCGAUCUGCAAGGUCUACAACGGACCGGCCCCGAUGGUGCGGCGAUUGAGGCUCGCAUUUAUGCAGAGAGCCCGUACCGGGGCUUUGCACCGAGCCCCGGUAUCAUGCAGGAAGUGCGCUGGCCAGAACAGGAUGGCGUCAGGAUCGACACCUGGAUCCAGUCUGGCCAACAUGUCGGCCUACACUAUGAUCCCCUCCUUGCGAAAGUCAUGGUGCACUCGGGAACGAGGGAUCAGGCCAUCGCAAAGUUCAUCAGCACGUGUUCACAGGAUAUCGCACUGAGAGGCCCGGCGACGAAUCUCGACUUUGUACGCGCCGUGAUGGACUCGGACUCUUUCGCGAAGGGUGUGACGUUGACUAAUUUCCUCGACACCUCCUUUGUCUACCACCCGUGCGGCAUCGAUGUCAUCAACGCAGGAUCUUAUUCCACCGUGCAAGACUUCCCCGCACGUCCUACCAUCGGCCAUGGCAUACCCAAGGGCGGGCCUAUGGACAGUAAAUCUGCCCGCGUCGCCAACCUUCUGGCAGGUAACCCGUCGGGGACGGAACUGAUCGAAAUCACGCUGAUCGGGCCAGAACUCCUGUUCACGACCGGUGCAGUGGUGUCGGUCUGCGGCGCCCAUGCGCGGGUUACGAUCGAUGGGGUCGAGAAGCCGAUGUGGUCUACCCUCACCGUCAAACCGGGGCAGACGCUGAAUAUCGGCGCCGUCGACGGUCCUGGCUGUCGCAUCUACCUAGCCGUCAGAGGAGGGUUUCCCGAAAUUCCCAUCGUCAUGGGAUCCAAGGCGACCGUACCUAGCCUGAAAUUCGGCGGCUGUCAAGGCAGGACGCUCUGCAAGGGAGACUUUCUACAGCUGGACUCGGACGCAAUUACCCAAGCUCCGGAGUACACUCUGCCGUCCUCGCUGAUACCCGAUACAGAUAUCAAGGAGAUCUAUGUCAUGCAAGGCCCCCACGACUCGCAGGACAUCAUGACUGAUGCGGAUAGGGAAAUGCUAUACAAUACCAUGUGGAAAGUGGGAUACAACUCGAGCAGAACCGGAGUCCGCAUGGUCGGUCCGGCACCGCAGUGGGCACGAACCGAUGGCGGCGAGGGUGGUUCGCAUCCCUCAAACUACCUCGACUACGGCUAUCCAUCACCAGGAGGUGUGAAUUGGGGAGGCGAUUCGCCCUGCAUCUUCUCCGCGGACAGUCCCAAUUUCGGCGGCCUCAUAUGCUCGUCAACAGUCAUCUCCGCCGAUCUCUGGAAGCUAGGACAGCUGAAACCGGGCGAAGACUUCUGCAUGACGCCGGUAUCGCUCAGCUCUUCCAUCCAACAGAUACUCCACAACUCCGUGUAUUUCGAGACAGUGGAGCUGGCCAUUCGAGAUCACAUCACCAAGGAGGAUGAGGGCUUUCCGCGGUUUGAGGAACCUCGUUGUCCGAUCGAGCCUAACAGUGCCAUCAUCAAAGUGGUCGAGGCGUCUGCGGGUACUCCACCCAGGCCAAAGGUCACGUACCGACAGGGAGGCGACAGGUAUCUCUUGAUCGAGUUUGGCGAGCAAGUCACCGACGUAGCCAUAUUGGCCAGGAUCCGUCUCUUCCUGGACAGGCUGCGCUCCGAACCCAAGUUGACUCUUCUGACCCCCCAUGUCGGGUCUGUCAUGAUCGAAUACGACCCUCUGGAGAUUACGCAGGGCAGCCUUCUGAAGCUGGUUGACGGGAUCGAAGGCAGCGUUGAGACCAGGCUGGAUAUCUCUAUACCCUGUCGCGAGAUCCGACUGCCCCUUGUCAUGGACCACCCGGCAGUCCAGGAAUGCAUCCGAAAGUACAUUGCCACUACCAGGAGCAAGGCGGCAUACCUCCCAGACAAUCUGGACUUCAUCCGCAAGUGCAACGGCCUGGCCUCCAAGCGCGAUGCUUUCGAGAUGCUCACCAAGACCGAGUACCUGGUCGCUGCGGUCGGCUUUCUCUGCGGCGCGCCUAUGCUGUUUCCCCUGAGCCCCAAGAAGCUCCUCUGUCCCAAGUACAACCCCACCCGCGUGUCGACGCCGGGGGGGACACUUGGCCUCGGAGGCACGAUCCUGGCGGCAUAUCCGUGUGAACAGCCAGGCGGGUACAUGAUGGCCGCUCGAACCCUGGAGCUGUGGGACCCCUACGGGACGAAGCCGGGUUUCACGCAGGAACGGCCCUGGCUGUUUGAAGCGUUUGACAGGGUCAAGUUCCACGAGGUCAGCGUAGACGAAUACGACGCCAUCAUGUUGGACUUCUCCGCGGGCAAGCAUCAGUGGGACAUCUCACCGUCGACAUUCGAUCUCGGGAAAGCAUAUGAGAUAUUCCAGAAGUCCCAGACAGACCCUGACGUCAUCAGCUACAAAGACCGACAGCUCAGGGAUAUGGCUGCGCAGGAUCAAGUGGAAAAGCAGCUGUAUGCCGAAUGGGUGGCUGAGACAUCCGUGGAGGAGGACCCCCCUUCCCAAGAUGACGACGAUGCGACGGAUGACGACGGCACGAGCAUUCUGAUCACGUCUCCGAUGACUGCCAACUUGUGGAGGCUGGAAGUAUCUCCAGGGGACGAGAUAGAGGAAGGCCAGGUCAUUGCCAUUCUCGAGGCGAUGAAGAUGGAAGUCAACGUCCCCGCACCCCGAGGGUCGGGGGGUUUCCGGGUGAAGGCCAUCCACAAGAAACCUGGAAAGAUUGUCAACAAUGGCGACACGAUUCUAGUAUUGGCUCAACCGAGUUAG